ACCCUGCACGUAUCAGCAGCUCCAGACAGAGGGGAGUAGAGAUCAGAAUUUGAGAAGUUUAGAUUGGAAUAUUAAAGCAAUGGAGCAGAAUCUGAAAGCAAUACACUGGAAUGUUACAACAAGGUGUCAGUAUCUGGGAACAAUAGGCUGGGCUUUUACACCAACAGAUAGGAGUAUUUCCGAGGGUCUUUUCUGGCUUUCUCUGAAUGGGCUAACAUUGGCAUCGCGGAUAAAAUAUGUAUUCUGGGUUAUUCAAGGUGGAUACUAUCCAAUCCUCGCUAUUGUUGGUGUUCCUGUUAACGUCGUAACGAUCUUUGUCCUGAUAAAUAAAGAUUGUGGAUUGUCCGCAUGCAUCAGUCGUUACCUGGCAGCCAUGGCAGUGGCCGAUCUACUGGUUGUUAUCCUCGAUGUGAUAUUGAGACACAUUCCGAUUGUUUAUCAGGAACAAUUUUAUUUCCGGAAGUCCAUCCCCAUAUGUAAUAUCCAUGCUGCUCUGCUUUAUACAGCUACUGACUGCUCUGUCUGGUUCACCGUCACUUUCACAUUUGAUCGAUUCGUGGCAAUUUGUUCCCAGAAGCUGAAAAUAUAUUUUAGUGAGCAGCAGAGCCCGUAA